AUUAAAUUGUCAACUGAUUAUUUUAUUUAAAUUUUAAAAAUGUUAUCAGAAGAGCCAAGUGUAACUCUAAUGAAAACAAUGAAAAAAAUUGAAAAAAAAAAUUCAAAAGAUAAGCGUUUUUUAGCUAAUGAAAUGCAUCGUCAAGCUGAUAAUCUUAAUAAAAAAGGUGAUUAUGAAACAGCAUUGAUACUUUAUCAUCGUGCUUCAAAUUUAUAUCCACAUGAUGCUUGUCAUAUAAUUGCUGCUAGAAAAAUAAAAACAUCAAUUAAAAAUGAAUAUUUAAAAUCUGAUUCAAAUAUCAUCAAGUAUAACAUUGACAACAACUCAAUAAAAUCAAGAAAUUUAAGAAGAAAAAAAUCUAAUAAAUUAGCAUUUAAUAAAUUAUCAAUAAAUAUUAAAAAUGAAUUAACAAAAGCUUGGUUAUUUCAUGAAAUUGGUAAUUGUUAUUAUGAAAUGGGUUUAUAUAAAAAAUCUCUAAAUAUGGCUAAACAAUGUUGUGAAUGUUCAGCUGAUAAUGAAACAAUUAAAUGGGCAUUACAAUUGAUGAUGCUUGAAUAA